AUGGCCAAGAUCGCAAGCGCCCUCGCAUCUUCGCGACGCAAGUCACGCAAAGCCCACUUCAGCGCACCAUCCCAUGAGCGCCGGGUGAUUAUGAGUGCACCUCUUUCCAAGGAACUGAGAGAGAAGUACAACGUCCGAGCUAUUCCUAUCCGCAAGGACGACGAAGUUACCAUUGUCCGGGGCUCCCAGAAAGGUCGAGAAGGAAAAGUCACAUCUGUCUACAGACUGAAAUAUCUCAUCCACAUCGAACGUGUCAGCCGAGAGAAGUCCAAUGGUCAAUCCGUACCAAUUGGCGUCCACCCAAGCAAAGUUGUUGUCACCAAACUCAAGCUCGAUAAGGAUCGUGAGAAUAUCCUGCAGAGAGUCGGCAAGGGCCGAGAGACCAGCAAGGAGCAGCGAGCCAAGAAGGAUGAAUAG